AUGGAGGUCUUCAUGCGGAAUGUGCCCGCACAUCUGACCGACCAAAGCCUCAAAGCUGAUAUCAAGAUACAAGACUGGCAAUGUAGGAAACACCGAAACAAGAAUCUCGGAACCAUCACGUUCCACACUCGCAGCGAUGGCCUCAAGUUCCUGCGGCAGUACGGCGAGGUUGAGGUCCCGGGCGCCAUGCUGAGAAAUGGCAUGCCAAAGACACGCGGCCAGCUCAAUCUUCUCGGCGCCAUGGUCUACUGCAAAGAGAGCACCCAAGCACCAGAGCCGCUCACUCUCAAGGUGCUUGAGAAACAGGCCGAGGACCGCGAGGCGACCAAGAACCUCGAACAGGAGGUCAACACGAACACAACCAUGUCCCUCACCGGCUUGUCAUGUGGACAUUACGACUAUCCCAAUGGGAAGCUUGCCUACAUGAUUGACAUGCAAAUCACCUGCAACGGCAUCAUCAAGUUUGCAAAGAACAUGCUCAUUGUCACCUAUCAUGAGCUGGAUGGAAGCAUACGCUUAGAAGUGCCGUACCGAAUCAUUCACGAGAUCGUCGUAUCCACUAAGCCCCGUGCCCUGACGAUCACCCUUUGGGAGUCUCCUCGUUUCUUUAGCAUGGAGACUAAUCCAUCACAAGAGCAGUUUGCUCCAACACGGAAGCGCAUCAGCAAAUUACCCCACCGUGCCUGCGACCACGGCAGGUUUGUUGGCCAGUCUCUGGUCUACCAGUUCAGCACUUCCAGCCUCGAUCUGCACCAUAAGAUGGAGAAGAUCGCCGAGGACAAGGCGUUGGACUGGAGUUCUUACAAAUCACUCACGAGCGCGCGAAGUCUUGUCCAGAUGGGUGAUGCAAUGGCCGCGCUCAUUCAGACUUUCGGCCAGGUCGAUAGAUACAUUCCCUUCGAUGUGACGUACCAAUUCCAUGCUCUCGCCCACGGGGGUUACUUCCUGCCGCAGACCAUUGAAUCCUUGCUUCUGCGAUUGAGAAAGUACUCGGCCAAUACUGCGGAAGCUGCGCGAUCCACCAACAUCCGUUCCUUCUGCCCGUUUUCAGCGGCGGCGGUGAAAAAGCUAGCAAUUGUCGAAUUCGCAGGGCCGGCAGUUGAGGCUGCCGUCUUUUCCGUCGAUACUGUAUGGCGACAGUUGUUGGAUAACGAGCAAACAAUUCGACUAGACCUGUCUCAAGACUUGAUAACGGACCGAGCCAGCACAGCCAUGGUGUUGGUGUACAAAGUCCAGAUCACACCAACUCGUCUUCUCUUCACCGGUCCGGAGCUGGAACCGAAUAAUCGAGUACUGCGAAAGUUCUCAGAUCACACGGAGUAUUUUGCAAGAUUACAACUCUGCGAAGAGGAUGGGCAAGACAUGUUCUUUAACCCCAAGGUCGCCAUGGAGACUAUCUGGCAGAGGUUCCGAACAGUUUUGGUCAAUGGUGUCCAGAUUUGUGGCAGAGUAUACAAAUUCCUAGGCUUUUCACACUCCUCUCUCCGAGCGCACGCCGUAUGGGCCAUGGCGCCAUUCCACGACUCUCGCAUCAGCAGCACGAGGAACUACUUCAACGUCAUCUCAGAGCUCGGAGAAUUCGAUGAGAUUCGGGCUCCCGCUCGACGAGCAGCCCGCAUCGGACAAGCCUUUUCAGAUACCCGAGUCGCUAUUCCUCUUGAUGGGGUCUUGGUGGAGCUGAUCCCUGAUGUCAAAUCGGAUGAUGGCAGUCGCGUCUUCAGUGACGGGGUGGGCACCAUCAGUCGUGGCCUUCUCGAACACAUUCAAGACCAACUCCCAGAGAAGAUGGGAACCUCCACAUGCUUCCAAAUUCGGUGGGCAGGAGCAAAGGGAAUGCUCUCUCUUGACGCUACGCUGCCUGGAGUGGUCAUGAGAAUCCGGAAAGAGAGCAUGAUCAAAUUUCCUAGCAACGACAAGCAAAACCUCGAGAUCUGCGAUGCCGCGAGCAAAGCCACACCGCUCGUGCUAAAUCGGCAGAUGAUCAAGAUAUUGGAGGACAUGGGCGUCCCAGCCGAAUGGUUUCUCCGCGAGCAGGCGAUCGAGGUUUCACGACUGCGGAAGAUCACUUCCGACGUCAACAACACCGUCACAUUCCUCAAACGACAGCGAAUCGGAGAUCAGAUGCGCUUCUCGAGAUUUCUGAAGAAUCUUCAUGAACUUGGUAUCAACUACAAGACUGACCGCUUCUUGUGCACUGUUAUUGAAGCCGUUGUUCUUCGGGAGCUUCGCCUGCUGAAGAACAAGGGACGGAUCCCUGUUGAGUACGGUGUCACCCUCUUCGGCGUGAUGGACGAAUUCAAUUACCUUGAAGAGGAUGAGAUCUUUGUGACAUUCGACGAUCUUGAAGGGACACACUACCUCGAUCUGGACGAAACACUUUGCAUUGUGACGCGAUCUCCUGCUCUUCAUCCUGGAGACAUCAAGAAAGUCCGCAACAUCGUACCACCUGAGGGACAUCCCCUGCGCUCUCUCAGGAACUGUAUAGUCUUCAGUCAGAAUGGAGAACGCGAUCUCCCGAGUCAACUCAGUGGAGGUGACCUCGAUGGCGACAAAUUCAGUGUCAUCUGGGACGAACGCGCCGUAUCUCGGUGCCAUAAAAUCUCUGAGCCAGCUGAUUAUCCUAGAGUGCCGCCACUCGAACUCGGCCGGAAUAUCGAGUCUGAAGACUUGAUAAACUUCUUUGUGCAGUUCAUGGCCACAGAUCAACUAGGACUCAUCGCAAAUCGGCACCUUAUAUACGCGGACCAGAAGGAGGGUGGAACACUGGAUCCUGUCUGCACGAGUUUAGCUCAACUGCAUUCGACCGCGGUUGAUUACAGCAAGACAGGGGUGCCGGUGGAUUUGGGAGAACUGAGGAGCCUCAGAGCUCCGCGGUACCGACCAGACUUCAUGUCUCCAACUCCUCCUGCCAACCUCAAGAACCGCAGUGAGAUCGCCUUCGAAACGCCUCUAUUGCCAGCGGAAGAAAUCGAUGAAGACGACCAAUCUGGCCCACAGUUCCAGUACUACAAAUCUGACAAAGUUCUCGGAAAGCUAUUCCGCAACAUCGACGAGGAAAGGAUAUGGCAAGAGGAUAUUCGGAUGUUUGCCGCCAGGAAAGGCGCAACGCUCUGGGAACGGCUUCUGCACUUCAUUAAGAGUAGUUGUGUAAUUCACCAUCUUGGACCAGUCAAUUGGCAUGGCGCUGUUCCCGAAGCCCGCGAGAUUCACAACACGUAUAAUGAUGCGCUUUGGGCAUUGACCAUGGACUACUCUGAGAAUGCCGGGGAGCCCAUAACUGAAGUUGAGAUCUUCACGGGAAGCAUAUUCAACUGCAGGGGGCUCCCAACGAAGCGCCAGGGCGAAAGAUCUUUGCAGCUCAAGGACGAAUUUGAUCGGGUCACCCGCUGGAUUGAAUCGCUAAUCCGGCAGCACAAGAUGCGAGACUACAUCAUGGAGGAGGAGGACUAUAACGAAGAUGUAAGGGCCUCCAACGGCUUCAGCCACGCUGCAGACACGUGGAGCCAGCAUUUCAGCGCGACGCCUCUUGAGUUGAGUAUUGCGUGCCUUCACGUCGCUACAAUGAAGGAUUCCCGCGCGCCUCGGCGGUCACGGCGACUCGUCGCGGAUGGAAACUUCGAGAGUUUCAAGAUCAUCGCAGCAUCAUGCGCCCUGAGGGAAUUGAAUAGCGCCGUGGGCCUCCAAAGGCCAAGGGCCUGGGUAUAUUAGUAUCAAGCGAGGAAACAAGAGCCUACUCGAGCCCAGCUGGCUAGGAGCCCGAGCGCUUCUGUGCAGUGUGCGUGUUCCAUCUGAUUGCCAAGCAGGGGCAACGGAUGCGAGUUCAUGAUAGCGCGACAUCCUGCACCUGGUGGAUCACAGGGACGCCUAUGGAUGAUUGGCGCAUGUUCACCGAAAGCAAAGAGGAGCCAGCCGGUGGGUGAAGGGAAAGGAGUUUGAGCAGUCAUGCCACCAUCAUCAGUUGUGCAACAAGGGCCAAGGGGGGGCAGCCCAACUUGCACUCCAACAUUGACACCGACGAGAUCUGGCAAAUUGCGCACUGUCGUCUUGUCACAUGCCCGUAGGAAGAUAAUUAGCACAG